UUUAAAUUUAAUUAAUUUAAAAAUAAAUGUACCAAUUAAAUUGACACUGACGUUGUAAUUUGCGUUAUUAUUGUGCGAUAAAAGUUAUUGAAUUAUUUCCAGUUUUAUUAUUAGUACUUCGAUAAUAUUAUUGUAGAUAUUGUUUGAUUAUCAAAAAUGAACUAAUGCACGUUCCCUCAGUAUUGUACGUUCAUCGAUGACACUUAUAACUUUUAACAUAAUACUUUGAAAGAUUUUUCUUUUUUUCUUCUUUAAAAUGUUAAACAAUAGUGAAAAAGUUGAUAUGAUUUUAAUUUAUGGUGAGUGUAAUAAACAUUGUCGGGAGGCUGCAAGGGUUUAUGCAAAUCGAUAUCCCGAAAGAUAUCAUCCACCGCAUAAUUUUUUUUUAAGAUUAGUUAAUAAUUUACGAACUUACGGGACUUUUUCGAUAAGAGAUUCACAGAGACAACCACUACGCAAUAUGGAACCAAAUGAUGAUCAGGAAAAUGAAGAUGGAGCACCCGCUCAUAAUGCCAUUAUUGUAAGACAACAAUUAAAUGAAAUGUUUGGAAAUCGAUGGAUGGGAACUCACGGGCCAGUGGAAUGGCCCCCACGGUCACCUGAUCUAACACCAUUAGACUUUUUUUUAUGGGGCCAUUUAAAGACUGUUGUUUAUGCAGAUCCACCAGCAAACUUACAGGUUUUAAAAAAUAAAAUAACGGUAGCGUGCAGACAAUUAACAAAAGAACAAAUUUUGGCAGCACCCUAUAGAGAAGUGAGUCGUCGACUGGAAUUGUGUUUAGAAAAAAAUGGAGGAAAUUUUGAACAUUUUAUUAGAUAAAAAAAAUAAACAUAAGUCAAAUCAAUGUAACGGAGUAAUUUUAAUUUAAUUCCUACUUCACAUUCUUAAUUAAAAUCUAUGAAAAAAUCACUCAAUUCAAGCGUGUAAUGUUUUUGGUAAAAUCGAAAAAAUUUAAUUAUUUUAAAAUUUCAAAAAGCUGUAACACAUUCAAUUUUAGGUUUAGAACUAUGGUCAAUGGAUCAAAAUUACUUAGAAUAAAAUAAUCUAUCCAUAUCCGGUGAGAAAAAUAGGUGUUGCAAUUUAAAAAAAAAAAAUUUGUAUUGCGCAUGCGCAUACUACAAGAGUUAAAAAUUUGAAAUUUGUCCUUAAAUGUGUACUUCAGUACCCCUUAGCUAUUGCAGUAAACCGUAUUUCAAUCUAAGAUUAUCGGGCUGAGAUAUUUAGUGGUACAUUUAAAACGGGACACACUGUAUAUAUGUAAAAUAUACAUUUUUUGUUUCAAAUAAUUUUAAAAUGUUGAAAAUAUUUAGUAAUAAAAAACCUUAAAAGAAUGUUGUGUUCAUCAUAAACAUUUACCAUAGUAAAAUUAUCAAUAGAAAUUAGACAUUGAAAAUAGAUAAAAACCAGUAAACACAAGCCACAUUGCUUAUUGUUCAGCACUAAAUGGAUUAUAAAUAAUAAUAUAGCAAA